AUGGCCCUAAGCCACAAUGCCUUUAUUCGCGGCUUUAACAGCAUCUAUCAGCAAGCCCCACGCGUGCCAGAUGCAGACAAGCUGGACUUCGCAGGCUACUGCAUAGCCUGGCACGACUGCGUCCACCAGCACCACCACUAUGAGGAGACCGAGUUCUUCCCUAACCUCGACAAGGCUGCUGGCAAGACAGGGCUCAUGAGUACUGCAUACGACGAGCAUGCUGCUUUCCAUGGAGGCAUGGACCGCUUCAAGGCCUACCUCCAGAAGGAAGGCGCCAACUUCUCAGCCGCCGAGCUCAUUACCAUCAUGGACUCGUUCAAGGACGCCCUCCAUUCCCACCUCAAGUCGGAGCCACCCUCCAUCGUGGCGCUGUCCAAGUACAGCACUCCCGAGAACCCGAUCGACAUCCUGGGCAUCGCGGACGCGGCCGGCAAGAAGCAGCUCAGCCUCGGGUUCGUGUUCAACGUCCUGCCAGUCUUCUUCCUGAACAUGGACACGGUCGAUUUCGAGGGCGGCAUGUGGCAUGAGGUGUUCCCGCCUCUGAAGGGUCUUGUCAAGUGGAUCAUGCUCAAGGCCGUCCCGAUGUGGAACCCGCGUCGGUGGCGGUUUGUGAGCUGCUCGCCGGAGGGGAAGGCGAAGCAGCUCGCCUUCUGA